AUGUCGCCCAGGUUGUCUUGCCUGCUGGCUGCCUCCGUCGCCCUCGGGGGAUGGGCCAGCGCUGAUUUCACCCCAACGGUGUCUGGAACACCGCAGGUGCUGGGGAAUGUCACAGACCCGACCAUCGACCGCGACUCCUGCACCUCGGUCAGGUUUGGGGACCGCGCCCUUUGGACAUGCCGGGACUCGCAGCCAUAUGACAGCAAUGGCAUUCCAACGCUCCCCGUAUACUCCAGCUCGGCGUCGUGGACCGACUUCAACUCGUCCGGUCAGCCGAACGUCCAAAUCGGCAUCCAGAGUGCCCAGGGUGACCAGUACGGCCUGCUCUGCUACGGCGAUAACAAUCAGAAGCCGUUUUUCCCUAUAAUCUCGUCCGAAUGCAGCGACAACUCGGCCGGCGUGUGCUCGGAUGGAACCCGCUAUGCCAUUUGGCCAGACUCCCCCCCGCUGGUCACCGAAGCCGAUAUCAACACCGGAGCCGUGGCUGCGUAUACCUGGAUCCACCAGGCUCACCUCACGCCUUCGUUGCUGUCGCUAGACCCAGACCCUCCGGCCACACUCUACCGUAUCAACUAUACCCCGACAUCCAGUGCCUCUGACGCGGAUUCAUCGGCCCUGCCCACGGUGACCACCGUCAACAACAACUUCUGGACUGCCGGUCAGCUGUCCUAUGGUGUGUACGGGGGAGUUGUCUCCAACGGCACUGCGUAUUUAUACGGCCAGAACACCGCUGGCACCGUCGGCCUCGCGCAGGUCCCGGCCGGUUCGAUCGAAGACCAAACAGCCUACCAAUACUACGUGAACGGCGCAUGGACUUCCACCGCCCCCGGAGUCAAUGACACUGGUCUCAACAUUGAAAACGCCAGCGCCGGUGGCCAAGGAACCUACUACUUCUCGAGCGUGUGGAACCUGUUCGUCUGGAUCGGACAAGCAUCGGGAGGCCUCGGCGCCGACUUUUACAUCACCACUGCCGCAGCUCCCGAGGGUCCCUGGGCGCGACCCACGAAGUUUUACUCUGGUGAAAGCAAUGGGUUGGCGUACUCGCUGCAGGCGAACCCCAGCCUACUUACGAAUUCGAGUGAAAAUGCUAUUUACCUGACCUGGACUGCUAGUAACAACAUGGGCUAUUAUACUACCUUGGCUUAUGUUGAAUGGGAAUCCUGA